AGAGUGAGAGAAAUGGAGAGAUUAAAACAUUACCCUUUUUCUUUGUACCUACAUUUUUUCUCGUAUAAACAAAAUGUUUUGAUUCUUUACGUCAUUGAUAAAAGCAUCAAGAAUUUGGUUAAAUUACCCAGUUUGUGCAUUGCGUUUAGAUGAGAUCAAGCACCGACUCGGUAGGAGCUGCUGGCAGUAAAUCCCGUCCCUGGACAGACGAUUUAACAGUUUGCCCAUUUACUGCCGUUGGAGAAGCAACAAAUCAAACCUACCGGGAGGAUGGCAGUCGCGCUGAGGCAUGUAAAUCCCGGGACAGGAAGUGCCAUUGCACUGUGGAUGAAACGUUGUUAUAUGCCAUCUAUUCUGGGCAAAACGGUGUUCGAGUAGCCGAUUUCGCCUUGCAGAAAAUGGCUGCUGAUCUUCUGCUCGGCCAGCUAAACGGACGUGCAACGGAUGAGGCUGUGAAAGAUGUCAUUCGCCAGGCCUUCAACUCGGUGGAAAAGGGUUACUUUGAUUCAAUAGACGCUGACGUGGCCACUAAAACGGCUCUGCAGAUGCAGUUAUCUAUGGACGGACUAAGUCAGUAUCAAAUUUCGCAGGAGUUCAGAAACGUCUUGGAGAAGCUGGAUAAGAUCAACGUAGAACUCUCGGUUGGGAGCAGUGCAGCUCUAGCAUUGAUCUAUCAGUCUAAACUUUACAUUGGUAACAUCGGAAAUUGCCGUGCCUUAUUGUGCAAGACUGAUGAGUACGAAACGCUAACCGUAACUCAGCUAAGUGUUGACCAUAAUUUGUACAAUGAAGAGGAAGUUCUUCGCUUGUGUCGCUUGGGUUUGGAAACCCAGAAUUUCGAAAACUGUCCGCUGUAUAGUACCAAGUGUAUUGGGAAUUAUCUGGGUAAAACUGGUUAUAAAGAUUGCGACUUUCUCUCGGAUGCUUCCUCAGAACCAGUUAUCUUUCAACCAGAGAUCGUAGGAUCGAUUCCGAUCACACCGGCAUGUAAAUUUCUAGUGCUAAUGUCCAGUGGUCUUUGCCGGGCCUUACACGAUCUCUACCCGGGUGACACCAGCAAAGGGAACCGCAUCCUAAUUCAGUUCAUCGCUGAAGAAUUUCAAAGUCAAUCAACGUUGGCAGGAGUGGCCCAAUCGGUUGUACACCGAAUUGUUCAGCUGCAUCAUGACGCUUUCAUGGAGCACGUCUUGGAGGGUAGAAAAUCCCCAUUCAGCAAUCGAGACGAUAUCACUCUGCUGAUCCGCAAUUUUAAUUACCCGCUACCGAAUGCGUUCAACAAUCGAAAGAACAGCAGCCGUUCGUUCACCUCGACAGCGUCAGCCUCUUCAACGGCAAGUUCCGAUGCGACACCAACUAACCACAGUUAUGGCACCGAAACAGACUGCUCCGUUAUGGGGACAAAUGUGUCCGUUGCCAGCUCGGAAAGGAGUGAAAAUGACGAUUUCCCCGAGCCGGAGAAAAAGGUUACACCGUAUGUGGAUUUUUCGGACUACCACCGCCGAGUUGCGGCAGCACGAAAGCUGGGAAAACUUCCGCCGGACAUAGAGUUCGAUUAAAAGCAACGAAACGAUGGAAACCGUAUUUUUUGGGUUUGUUUUAAUAUAAAUACACAAACAAUAUAAAACGUUACU